AUUUGGACAUGUAAUUGUCAGCGCCGGAUCUGAGACUUGCCCAAAAUGAAGCUGGCGACGGGACUGUGGGUCUGGGGGAGCCUUCUUGUGGCAACGGGGACCGUCCAGCCCAGCGCUUCGCAGUCAGUGUGCGCAGGAACAGAGAAUAAACUGAGCUCUCUCUCUGACCUGGAACAGCAGUACCGAGCCUUGCGCAAAUACUAUGAAAACUGUGAGGUAGUCAUGGGCAACCUGGAGAUCACCAGCAUCGAGCACAACCGGGACCUCUCCUUCCUGCGGUCUAUCCGAGAAGUCACAGGCUACGUCCUGGUGGCCCUCAACCAGUUUCGGUAUCUUCCUCUGGAGAAUUUACGCAUAAUUCGUGGAACAAAGCUGUAUGAAGAUCGCUACGCCUUAGCGAUAUUUCUAAACUACAGAAAAGAUGGCAACUUUGGACUUCAAGAACUUGGAUUGAAGAACUUGACCGAAAUUCUAAAUGGUGGAGUCUAUGUCGACCAGAACAAAUUCCUGUGUUAUGCUGACACCAUACACUGGCAAGAUAUUGUUCGGAAUCCAUGGCCUUCCAACAUGACUUUGGUGUCAACAAAUGGAAGCUCGGGAUGUGGAAGAUGCCAUAAAUCCUGCACUGGACGAUGCUGGGGACCCACAGAAACUCACUGCCAGACCUUGACCAGGACUGUGUGUGCCGAACAAUGUGAUGGCAGGUGCUAUGGACCUUACGUCAGUGACUGCUGCCAUCGGGAAUGUGCUGGCGGCUGCUCAGGACCAAAGGACACUGACUGCUUUGCCUGCAUGAACUUCAAUGACAGUGGAGCCUGUGUUACUCAGUGCCCCCAAACAUUUGUCUACAAUCCCACCACCUUUCAACUGGAGCACAAUUUCAAUGCAAAGUACACAUAUGGAGCUUUCUGUGUCAAAAAAUGCCCACAUAACUUCGUGGUGGAUUCCAGUUCUUGUGUGCGUGCCUGCCCUAGUUCAAAGAUGGAAGUAGAAGAAAAUGGGAUUAAAAUGUGUAAACCUUGCACUGAUAUUUGCCCCAAAGCGUGUGACGGCAUCGGCACAGGAUCAUUGAUGUCAGCUCAGACCGUGGAUUCCAGCAACAUUGACAAAUUUAUCAACUGCACGAAGAUCAAUGGGAACCUCAUCUUCCUUGUCACAGGGAUUCACGGGGACCCUUACAAUGCAAUUGAAGCCAUAGAUCCAGAGAAACUGAAUGUCUUUCGGACAGUCAGGGAAAUAACAGGUUUCCUGAACAUACAAUCAUGGCCUCCAAAUAUGACAGAUUUCAGUGUCUUCUCCAACCUUGUCACCAUUGGAGGAAGAGUCCUCUACAGCGGACUCUCAUUGCUUAUCCUCAAACAACAAGGCAUCACUUCCCUACAGUUCCAGUCUCUGAAGGAAAUCAGCGCAGGCAACAUCUACAUUACCGACAACAGCAACCUGUGUUAUUAUCACACCAUUAACUGGACAACACUCUUCAGCACCAUUAACCAGAGAAUAGUGAUCCGAGACAACAGAAGAGCAGAAAACUGUACUGCUGAAGGGAUGGUGUGCAAUCACCUGUGUUCGAAUGAUGGCUGCUGGGGACCUGGGCCAGACCAGUGCCUCUCAUGUAGGCGCUUCAGCAGGGGAAAAAUCUGCAUAGAGUCUUGUAACCUCUAUGAUGGGGAAUUCCGAGAGUUUGAAAAUGGUUCCAUCUGUGUUGAGUGUGACUCCCAGUGUGAGAAGAUGGAAGAUGGACUACUCACGUGUCAUGGACCGGGACCAGACAACUGCACAAAGUGUUCUCACUUUAAGGAUGGUCCAAACUGUGUGGAGAAAUGUCCCGAUGGCCUACAGGGAGCUAACAGUUUCAUCUUCAAGUACGCGGAUCAGGAUCGGGAAUGCCACCCAUGCCAUCCCAACUGCACCCAAGGGUGUAACGGUCCCACUAGUCAUGACUGCAUUUACUACCCAUGGACGGGCCAUUCCACUUUACCACAACAUGCUAGAACUCCACUGAUAGCAGCUGGAGUCAUUGGCGGGCUCUUCAUCCUGGUCAUCAUGGCUCUGACAUUUGCAGUUUACGUCAGAAGGAAAAGCAUCAAAAAGAAACGAGCCUUGAGGAGAUUUCUGGAGACAGAGUUGGUAGAGCCCUUAACCCCCAGUGGCACGGCACCCAACCAAGCUCAACUACGCAUUUUGAAGGAAACAGAACUAAAGAGGGUAAAAGUCCUUGGCUCAGGAGCUUUUGGAACCGUUUAUAAGGGUAUUUGGGUGCCUGAAGGUGAAACAGUGAAAAUCCCCGUGGCCAUUAAGAUCCUCAAUGAGACAACUGGCCCCAAAGCCAAUGUGGAGUUCAUGGAUGAAGCCCUGAUCAUGGCAAGCAUGGACCACCCACACCUAGUUCGCCUACUGGGAGUGUGCCUGAGCCCAACGAUCCAGCUGGUUACCCAGCUGAUGCCCCAUGGCUGCCUGCUGGACUAUGUCCAUGAACAUAAGGAUAACAUAGGAUCGCAGCUGCUGUUGAACUGGUGUGUCCAGAUUGCUAAGGGAAUGAUGUACCUGGAAGAAAGACGGCUUGUUCAUCGGGAUCUGGCAGCCCGUAACGUCUUAGUAAAAUCCCCAAAUCAUGUGAAAAUCACAGACUUUGGACUAGCCCGACUUUUGGAAGGAGACGAAAAGGAAUACAAUGCAGAUGGUGGCAAGAUGCCAAUUAAAUGGAUGGCUCUGGAAUGUAUACAUUAUAGGAAAUUCACCCAUCAAAGUGAUGUUUGGAGCUAUGGUGUCACAAUAUGGGAACUGAUGACCUUUGGAGGAAAACCUUAUGAUGGAAUUCCAACCCGAGAAAUUCCGGAUUUAUUAGAAAAAGGAGAGCGUUUGCCUCAACCGCCCAUCUGCACAAUUGACGUUUACAUGGUCAUGGUCAAAUGUUGGAUGAUUGAUGCCGACAGCAGGCCUAAAUUCAAGGAACUGGCUGCUGAGUUUUCAAGGAUGGCUAGAGACCCUCAAAGAUACCUAGUUAUUCAGGGUGAUGAUCGUAUGAAGCUUCCCAGUCCAAAUGACAGCAAAUUCUUCCAGAAUCUCUUGGAUGAAGAAGAUUUGGAAGACAUGAUGGAUGCUGAGGAAUAAUUGGUACCCCAGGCUUUCAACAUCCCUCCACCCAUCUACACAUCCAGAUCAAGAAUUGAUUCCAAUAGGAGUGAAAUUGGACACAGCCCUCCUCCUGCCUACACCCCCAUGUCGGGAAACCAGUUUGUGUACCAGGAUGGGGGCUUUGCUACACAACAAGGAAUAGCCAUGCCCUAUAGAGCCACAACCAACACCAUACCAGAAGCUCCAGUCGCUCAGGGAGCAACAGCCGAGAUGUUUGAUGAUUCCUGUUGUAAUGGUACCCUGCGCAAGCCAGUGGCACCCCAUGUCCAAGAGGACAGCAGCACACAGAGGUAUAGUGCUGACCCCACAGUGUUUGCCCCAGAACGGAACCCACGAGGAGAACUGGAUGAAGAAGGCUACAUGACUCCCAUGCGUGACAAGCCCAAACCAGAAUAUCUGAAUCCUGUGGAAGAAAACCCUUUUGUGUCACGAAGAAAAAAUGGAGACCUUCAAGCUUUAGAUAACCCAGAAUAUCACAGUGCUUCCAGCGGUCCGCCCAAGGCUGAGGAUGAGUAUGUGAAUGAGCCACUAUAUCUCAACACUUUCGCCAACGCCUUGGGGAACGCAGAGUACCUGAAGAACAGCGUACUGUCUGUGCCCGAGAAAGCCAAGAAAGCAUUCGACAACCCCGACUACUGGAACCACAGCCUGCCACCCCGGAGCACGCUUCAGCACCCAGACUACCUGCAGGAAUACAGCACAAAAUAUUUUUAUAAACAGAACGGACGGAUCCGCCCUAUUGUGGCAGAGAAUCCUGAGUACCUCUCUGAGUUCUCGCUGAAGCCAGGCACUAUGCUGCCCCCUCCGCCCUACAGACACCGGAAUACUGUGGUGUGAGCUCAGCUGGGGUCUUCGGAGGAGAGACACGCCCACUCCAUCCCCCUACCUGCCCCCCCCCCCAACUUCCUCCUCUUUCUCUGGUGGUCUUCCUUCUCCCAAGGCCAGUAGUUUUGACACUUCCUAAUGGAAGAUAUAGAGACGCAAUGAUAGUUCUAUGCUUACCUAACUUGAAUAUUAGAAGGAAAGACUGAAGGAGAAAGAGAGGAGGACACACACUGUUUCUUCGUUUCUUCAUAUGGAUUGGUCAGCAGAGUGUCAGAGCUAGAGAAAGACUAGGAUACAUGGGGUUAUACUGCCUGCUAAGAGUCCCAGCUUCGUUCCCUUUGCACUCUUUCUCUCUCCCUCUUUCUUCCUUCCCUUUCUUCUAUCAAUGCAGGUGAUUGAAAGCCCAGUCUCAAUUCUCAUCUGCAACCAUAGACUUGUGCAUAUUCAGCAUCUCCAAAUUCAUAUGAAAGCUUCCAUUAGAACAAAGGGGUAAACAUUUGGAUGCCACUUGAUAGGAACUGAGAUUGAGGAGCCAAUUUCUUUCUCCAAUAGCUUCUUUCCUGGCAAGUAAGAAUGUCCAACCCAGCUUUCAUAAUUUUUAAAUCUCCAUUAUAGUUAUAACUAGUAAUUAUGUUUAGAAGGCCUCUCUGGUGUUCUCAUUAUGGUUUGCUUUGGCCUGUUCCUUUAUAUUAAUUUCUCCCCUAUUUUUGGCUGUAGUUUCUAGUUGCAAAGAUAUUUACAUAAAAGCUUCUUGACAGAGUUAAAACACACACACACACACACACACACACGAAUUAUAUAAUGUAGAGGCCAAGACACUAGUAAAAAUAGCAUCAAAUCUAGGUUUCCUGUUUUACCCUACUAAAUUUAUUUUUCCCUCUAAUUUUUCAUUCUUUAGCAUUUUAUUCUUCGCCAUAAAUGACUGUCUUUGAUGGGCAGUGGCAAUCUUAAGAAUAGAAGGGACGCUAAGAAACAGUUCUGUGUGGUUCACAAAAACUACUGAUACUUUCAGGGGUGGUACCAUGGGGAUCCAUGCAGUGGAAGAAGCACUGGAUUGGGUACGUCUACAUGGAAGGUACUCAGAAAUAUAGUUUGCACUUACGCUCUAACUUGAUUUGCUCUUUUUCUGAACUCCUCUUUGGAUUUUGAAUGAAGCAAUAUGGAAGCAACCAGCAGAUUAACUAAUUUAAGUACAUUUUUUUAAAAAAAAUAAAAGGAUCUAAGAUAAAUACAGACUGGAAAUGCCAAACAAGCCAACUAGGACUUUGGAACAGUACCCAGGGAUUGUGAUGACAGGGCCAGCACAUUAUCUUCAUACUACAUGACAUUUGCUGUGUGAGGAAGUAUGUUAAGUUUGUACUCUCUGUGUGAAGGAAUGCAAGUUAUGGUCUGGCUUGAAUUCCAUGGAAUUUCUAGUAUGAAACUCUGUUUAUAUUGAGUAGAAGGUAACUUAACUCUUCACACCCAAGUUGCUAUGAUUAAAAACAAACCAUAAACAUUUGAAGCCUAUGAACAGCUCCACCAUUAAGUUAAAGGUUGUAAAUAAACAUGAAAACCCUUCUCAUGGAAUCAUUUUAUUACCCAGUACAUCACUCAUGUAAUAAGUUAUGUAAUGAUUCUUCAUAUACUACCAUAAGGUGUCCUGGUUGUAGAACCAUCUCUUUUUUAGGUUUCAUUUUAAAUAACACCUGUGACAUUAAGAUGAAUGAUGGGAAAAAUUACAAAUGAAUCUCUAGUGAAUAAGAAUGUUUAAUACAUUGCUCUUUUCUACAAAAUUCUUCUCCAAGACAUUUAGAUUUUUAAAUGUUUCUUUCUACUAUUAUUUUAUUAAGAGAAAAUUAGACUCACUAGCCUAAAAAAAGUUCAGUUAGAUUAUGAAUCUUUUUGGUAAGACAGUGAGUGCUUAAGAGAGAGAAGUUUUCAAGGAUGCUUGUGUUCCCACCUAUUUCAGAAAUGUAAAUCCAUUCAUCCAAAUCUAGAUUUAUUCAAUAGAUAUGAGUUUAAAGUCUACUAAAAGGGGGAAGCAGUAAGAUAAAUGAAAAAUCAUCUCUAACUUCAAAUUUUGUUUAGAUUUAUUUGCAGUGACAUUCUAUUUCUCCAGGAGUCCAAGGAACCAGGUCACAUUAACUAUUUGUGAAUUACUUCACAGAAAGGAUUUUGGUAAAUGUUCUGAAAACUCAUUGGGAUAUAAGUUAAAGAUCCUUUAUACUACUGAAGAUGACAAACCAAUCAGUUCUAUGUUCUCAUCCAGACACAGACUAGACCAGAAAAACAUAGCAUCACUGGCAAACUGACAUAGCUGGAGUCUUACUGUGAAACCAGCAGCAAGAGAUGAUCUUUGGCCAAAACCCUUAAAUAUGUUGGUCUUGGCCUCUUCUUAAGCUAAGAGAAGUGAAGCAAACUGAAAGUGGAAGGUAGAGACAAGAGAAAGGUUUAUGAGAUCUUGCCUAUGAAGUCUUCACCAUGAACUUACUCAAGAUAAAGACACAGCAUAAUACAAGGGCCCCAGCUUCAGAGCCCAAAGUUCCCCCAACCCCAUUCAGAAGCAUCUACAAGGGACUUUCUAUAGGUCCCUAUCACCUUUGAAGAGUUGAAAGUAAGCCUCUGUCAGUAGAUAAAUGCCUACCCAUUCAUUACUGGCAGCACUCUUGGACUGCCAUAAUGAUCUUUUAUCUUCGUUUAUCAUAUUGGUUUGUCUUCUAGUGAGAGUAAGAAGACAGAAUCUUUUAAUUUGUAAAAGGAACAAGAUUGUCUCUGAACUGUUAAAGCAAUGGAAACAGAGUGAAUGCUAUCUCUUUCCUCCAUAAAAGCACAAGAUAUUCAAGUCCCACUGGGGAUAGAUGCAGGUGAAACUAAGAAUGACCGCAAAUGCCAUUUUAUCAUUCCUUUUUAUGACUUUCUAAUAUAUGAUUGAUUUCAGUUGUUCUGGUCUUUCUUAUUUGUUUUAGUUUUGACCAUCUAUGGGGAAAAUUUUCAAGAGUGGGUUAAAGGGACAACAUGCAGGGAUAGCAUGGAGGCUUUUGUUUACACAGGAGAUAACUUGUUUAACCCAGUAAACUGGCAUCAAAUGUUGCUGGUUAAAGCCUACAAAUUGCUGUGGAACAUCAGGUGCUAGUCAUCAUCAGCACCAAUUAAAAUAUGCAGAAUCAAUUUGUAACACUGAGUAAAAUUAAUGUUAAAGUUAAGCUUGCUAUAUUGUGUAAAUCAUCAAAGUGUAAUGAUCAUGCUUAUCUCGGGAAAUCCAAUUUUCAGGCAGGGUAUUUUUUUUUUUUUGGUUAAAAUAGUCAUUUAAAGAAGUCAUUCUUAAACAGAGGAGAAAAGAUGUCCUCUAAGUCAGGAGAGGUCCAGAGUCCUAGCAUGUUGCCACCCAAGCAAGGUUGAGACAACAAACUACUCCUGGUUUUCUGAAUUACAUUAGUAUCAUGUCUUAGAAUGUGGUUCUCUCUAGACACAUUCUUGAAACAGUGUGAAAACACAGAAAAUUUUAAACUAUUAAAAACACAAAACUGAAGGUCAAAGACUUACUAAGAGACUCAGUUUUGUAAGUCAGAAAGAAUGACUGACUGACUCUAACGUAAAAGAAGAAACAGGGAACAGCUUCCAAGAGAGUCAUUGUCACGUGCUAUACCUAUGAGAAUGGUGCAUAUUGUCCAUGGUGGGAAAAGAACAGGAGAAGGACAUGAGGCUUUGACGACAGAUGAAGUUGGUAGAUGAUCAGUGUGCUUCCCGAAGUGUCAAAACUAGAAAGAAAACACGAGUUUUAUGCCUGACACAGAAGAAUGUAAAUACAAGAUUCUUUUGAAUAGUCUAACCUUUGUUUUAAAAUGAGAAUUCUUUAUCCAUCUGUAAUUCUUGAUUUUUUAACUAGUAAAUGUAGUUCACAAGGUAAUAAUAAUAAAAAAAAAGAUGACCACUGAAGCAUGUGUAUAACUGGAUACGAUCAUGACAAUGCCAUAAGACGUAGAAUUAGUUAGGUCAUCAAAUGUUAAAUGCUUUUAGGAUUAAGAAGAAAUCAAACUAGAAAAUUAAUCAUACAGUAUAAAAUAACAAAAUAAAAUUCAGGCUAUGAAAGCAUAGGGUGGGUUUUGCAUAGUAAAUAAAACUAAGUUUGCCAUUUGAAAUGGUUGUUGGUUGGGUGUAGCAGAUAGUAAACAUAGUGUGGUUUCAAUUGUGAAAACUUGCUUUACAGCACUAUGGUCCAUUUUCCUCUUGUUCUCCUAUUCCUUCAUCACACUUUAAGCGUGUUAAGUAUAAAGAGGAUACAGAAAGGCUUGCUUUGUAGGCAUCUAAUUGAAGUGCUUUAACAGGAAAAUAAACCACAUGUGAGGCUAAGAGAGCUUCCAAAUGAGUAAAGCAAAUGAAAAAGGUAUGGAUUACCUUUUGCAGAUGCAAACCAAAUAACAAAAUGAGUUAUCAUUUAGAAAGCAAACACAGCACAUUUGCAACAUGUCUGUUCUUUUCCCACCCUACCUUCUUGCCUACAUAAUUA